AUGGUACAGCCACGCAGGUCAUUAACAACAUCAUCUACUAUGGGCAUGAGUAGUAUUAGCAGUAGUAAUAGCAAUAGUAGUAGCUUACAAUUUGACAAGCGAAUCAUUAGCACUAUUAAACUGAAUAUAUCUAACAAGGAGUUGAUAACUAGAUUGAUGGAAUUGCACGAAGAGUUAUCUACUUUGGAUGAUGAGGAAGUUGAUUUGAUGUCACUAAAACUGGUAACUAAGGAUCUUGUCGACAAGAGAUUAUUGAAUCAUCCAAGUAUUGGGGUUCAAGCAUUUACUUGUUGUUGCUUAUCAGAUAUACUUAGACUCCAUGCCCCCAAUGCCCCCUACCCGGACGAACAAUUGGCUUUCAUCUUUGAAUCCUUUUUCAAACAAUUUUCACGAAUCGCUACUUCCGGAAAAUCAGAACGACCUCAAUACUACUUGCAAUACGUGUAUUUAUUGAAAAGAUUAGCGGAAACUAAAUCCACCAUUUUGAUUCUUGAUCUUCAUGAUUCUCAAAAAUUGAUGAAAUCAUUAUUUGAUGCUUUUUAUAAUGUUGGUACCAAACAAAGUUUUCCCCGUGAGUUGGAAACAUUGGUGACUGAUAUUUUAUCAGAGGUUAUUUCUGAAUCUGAAGCCGUGCCUCUAGAUAUCAUCAAAAUAAUAUUGACUAAAUUUGAAGUACACGGACCAAAUAAUCAGUUGCUUCUGGAAAACAUUACCACACCUGAAUUCAACUUUUCCCUAUCUGUUUGCGAAAACAAUGUUGAUAGAAUGUCAAGAUUGGUGGCCCAAUACUUUUCUGAGAUUCUAUACACAAACUCAAACAAGUUAGACCUUGAUCAAGAAAAUGAACCAGAGUUUCAAAAGAGAAGUGAGAAUGAGUUUAUCAAAGCUUUGGAUGCUUUAAAAAAGAUUCACCACUUGUCGGUGAAACUUUGGACAUUUGUUCCUUCCAUAAUGUCAUCAGUCAUUUGUCUUAUUGAUGAUGAAUUGAAUGCAAGUGACGAAAGAGUUCGUGCAUUGGCUACGAGCACUAUAGGGAAAAUGUUGGGGGUAAAAUUGUACAGCUCAACAGUUCCAUUGCACAAGGUCAACUUUUUUGUCGUUCACCGCACGAUUUGGCUGAAUUGGUUGAAAAAGAGUAACGAUAUAUCGCAUUAUGUUCGUACUAUCUGGGUAAAUCUUAUUCCCGACAUUUUAACCAACAAUCCAUACCUUACAAACGACGUGAGUCGUGUUAUUGCUGAUGAAUUCCAAAAGUGCUUAGUGGAUACUGAUCACAGAGUUAGAGAUGCUGCUUGCACUUCCCUUAGCAAGAUACCAUACGACAUGUUCAUCACCAAAGUUGCCAAUAAAGGAAUUUUACAAACUAUGUCACAACUAAUCAGAGAAAAACACAAGAGUAUCAGAUCUACAUCCAUUCGGGUUUUGAGUUCAAUAUACUACAGCCAUGCCCAACACGUCGUGAAUCGUGAUGAAUUCCAACUAGACCAGGAUCUCAAGAAAUUGAUCGAGGAGAUUCCUAAUCAAAUUUUAUCAUUGAUCUACAUCAAUGACAAAAAUAUCACUGCCCUAGUUGAUGAGUCAUUAUUUGAAAAGCUAGUUCCCAUUUCUGAGUCAAACACAAUUAAGCGAGUGGAAAAUUUGGUUAGGUUUUACUCCGUUUUGAAUGAAAAGAGCAAAGAAGCUUUCACGGCCAUUAUCAAAAGACAACAUCAAAUUGCAAGUGUGAUUGAUAAUUUUUUAAUCAUCGCCGACGAAUGCAACAAGGUAAACUCAUUUGACAAGGAGAAUAAUCCUCCGUCGACAGAUUUGCUUAAAUCAAAUUUGGCAAAAUUGGAAAAGAUUUUGAAUUGGCUUUGCGUAUCAUUCCCUGACGACAACAACACUUAUUCAUGUUUGGAAAGGUUAUUCAAACUCAACAGGGCCAGAUUUUACCACUUGAUAAGAACAUGCAUCUCUUCAGAAUCUGACUUAAACACUAUCAACCGAGCAUUCAAAGAGUUGUUAAACAAGCUUGCAGACCCAAAAAAUUUGAAGUGCGAUGACAAUGUUACUGUAACUCCAGCUGAUAUGGUUUACAAUGCAAAAUUAUUGGUAUUGAGAGGCUCACCUUCAUUGUUUAACAGAUCCAAUGUUGAGCAGCUUAUUUCUUAUUCAAAACUGACGCAGCAUGAAUUCAAAGCGCCAGCCAACGACUUGCUUGAGCAAAUGUCAAACACCACACCUGAAGUGUUUAAGCAUCAUGUAAGAGCGUUGGUCGAAUUGUGCAUGGACGAGAAUGAAGCAAACAUAUCAGCACGCCUCAAAACCAUAUAUCACUUUGUUAAAAAGUUUCCAGAAUCAUUCCCAGGCGAGAUUCUGUUCACCGAACUGUUGACAAAAUUAGCAAUCGAUGGAUUUCCAGAAGAAGCUAGGUAUUCUGUGAAAUUGCUCAGCUUCAGUGAUCGAAAAGAAGUUUGCUACCACGAUAUCAUCGGCAAGGUGUACCCAUUAGACAUUACCGAUGAUCACUUUGGCGCCCAUUUAAGCAGUAUUGCAGAACUUCUCUUGGUUGAUAAAUUUUCCGUUAGUGACAAAGAGUCAGUAAUUACAGAGUACUUGAUAAAGAAUGUAUUACUUGAAAACACAGCCAAGGAUGAUCAACAAACAUACAAACUUUUGGCAAUUCGCUACUUUGUCAAUUCUUUGAGAAGCUACAUUGAUGAUCCUGAGACAGCUAAGGAGAAAGCGGCUCCAGUUAUCAAGUUGUUCCUUUCAAUAAUUGGGAAUGAGGGAGAAAUCGUCAAGGAGUCUGAUGAAACUUGGCCAACACCAGAGACUUACAAAGCGAAAUUAAGAUUAACUGCAGGAGUGUAUUUAUUGAAAAUGGCAAAAUUUCCAAUAUAUAACGAGGUCAUUUCAUCAUCGACAAUGAGAAAGCUAUGCUUCCUUUUAAACGAUGGGGAACCCUCAGUGAGAUCCCAAUUCUCAAAGAAAUUGAGACAAUAUCUUGCCACCGAAUCGAUUUCGGAAAAGUAUCUUUCCUUGGUCUUUUUUACUGCUGUUGAGAGUGAGAACACACUUAAAACAGAAAACACUUUGUGGGUAAAAUCUAUGUUCAAAAGAUUGGAAACAACAAAGAACUUAAAGUUUGAAAAAUCGUUAGUCAGGCUCAUCCACAAUAUCACUCACCAUGAAAAAUUUGUUUCCAUAUUGAGUAACGGUGAAGAUGAUUCAGCAACUGGGGAGGAUGGAAAGAUGCUUCAAGCGUAUUUGUUCGCAUCUCAUUUUCUCACUUACUACGUCCAACUAAUAGGAAAAGCCGAAAACAUAUCUUUGCUUUAUUACUUGGCCAGUAGAGUCAAGCAACAUCGGGAUGCGACCAUUCCAAGCGAAGAUUACGAAACACUGAAUAAACCACAAGAAGUGCUCAACUUGUAUCGAAUCGCCGAGUUGGCACAAUUGGUUUUAAAGACAUACAGCGACUGUAAAGUCUGGCCCAUUCAAACUUGGACUGAGAAAUUCAAGUUACCUCAGGAUAUUUAUUCUCCUAUGGCUAGCGCUGCUGAAGCUCAAUCUGUUGUGUCUCAAAUUUAUAUACCUGAUGGAAUUCAAGGCCAAUUAGUGAGCCUGAUAAAAAAGGAUGUUUUCGACACGAAAAGGAAACAAAAUGACAAUGGUGUUACAGCCAAUGCACCUCUGAAACGUGCAAAGCCUGUGUCAAACACCGUCAAACGUGGCACGAGCAAAAAGAGUUCGCGAAGAAUUGAAAAACCUAGUAAAAAUGUUAUUGAGCCCACGAGAAGAAGCAGUAGAGUCAGAAUUAAAAUAGAUUACAAAAAACAGGUUGCGUCAGAGGAUGAUCUGGAACCGGAUUCAGGCACGGAAUCGGAGAGCGAUUUUGAGUAA